AUGCAGGCCUUCCGCCGUAACACCGCUUCUGCUCUUCGCAAUGCUGCUGCCACGCAGCGCCGGGGAUACGCAGCUUCAGCUAGCUCCAUCUACUCUGAGACCGUUAACAACCUUCGCAUCAACUCGGAGACGAAGGUGAUCUUCCAGGGUUUCACUGGAAAGCAGGGAACUUUCCAUGCCGAGCAAGCCAUCGCCUACGGCACCAAGGUCGUUGGUGGAACCAACCCUAAGAAGGCCGGAUCCCUGCACCUCGACAGACCCGUUUUCGCCAACGUGAGCGAGGCUGUGAAGGAGACUGGCGCCACUGCUACUGCGCUUUUCGUUCCUCCCCCAUUGGCUGCCAAGGGUAUCGAGGAGGCCAUCGAGGCCGAAAUCCCUCUGGCUGUCUGUAUCACCGAGGGUAUCCCUCAGCACGACAUGGUCCGUAUCACGGACAUCCUGAAGACGCAGAACAAGACCCGUCUUGUGGGUCCUAACUGCCCUGGUAUCAUUGCUCCCGGCCAAUGCAAGAUCGGUAUCAUGCCCGGAUUCAUCCACAAGCGUGGCCGUGUCGGUAUCGUCUCUCGUUCCGGUACCCUGACCUACGAGGCCGUCAACCAGACCACCCAGGCCGGUCUGGGUCAGUCUCUGGUUGUCGGUAUCGGUGGUGACCCCUUCUCCGGAACCAACUUCAUCGACUGCUUGAAGAUCUUCCUCGAGGACCCUGAGACCGAUGGUAUCAUCAUGAUCGGUGAGAUCGGUGGUAGCGCUGAGGAGGACGCCGCCGAGUUCCUCAAGGCCAACAACAAGUACAACAAGCCUGCUGUUGGUUUCAUUGCUGGUAUCAGUGCUCCCCCGGGCCGCCGUAUGGGUCACGCCGGUGCCAUCGUCAGCGGCGGCAAGGGUGGUGCCGAUUCGAAGAUCUCUGCUCUGGAGAAGGCUGGUGUCAUCGUCGAGAGAAGCCCCGCUGCUCUUGGCAAGGCCCUGUUGGCCGAAUUCGUCAAGAGGGACCUGGUCUAG